CUAAAAUAUUUAACACAGAAGCAGAGAGAGAGAGUGACAGACAGAGAGAGGGAGCGGGAGGGUACGCAUCGGCACAAAGCACACUCAAAGAUCUGACUACUAUCAAGCAAUAUAAUAAUGCAUGGAAGCCCCGAAGACCGUUAUGGGAAAAAGUGUCCGAUUCAAAACAGUUCGCAAGCUCUGCGAUGGAAGGUUGCCAGUACGGCCAUCAUGCAGGUGGUGCACCGCGAACACGAUGGCGUCGAGUUCAAGGUGGUGAACGAGCUGCUGGCGCUGGACGAGGCCUACAGGGGCUACUAUAAGGAAUGGCUGCGUGAGCUCAGCCUGCAGCGUUUGGCCGCCGCCAAGCUGUUUCCGAUAUCGCAGGACUUGCGCUUUCAGUCGGACGCCAUCUGCCGUGAGCCGCAGCCGCGCAACAUCGAUGCCGAGGAGGUGUUGAUUGGCAAAUACCAGCUGCACUAUCAGAUCAUCUUGGGCUCGAACAUGACCAUGAGCCGCGGCCUCGCCACGAUACGCGUCAAUCUGCUGUCGCUGCGUCGCGAAUACAAUAAGCUGGAUCAAAGCGAACCGACGCCCUUCAUACUGGGCGAUGCCUUCCACAAGCCGAUCAAGUUCUUUAUGGAACUGGCCGAGGAGCUGUUCAACUAUUUCUAUAGCCACUAUUUAAAAUUGGAUUGCUAUUCGCGUCACCUGGAUCCGGGCGAUAUGGACUCGCUGGAGAACUAUCAGAAUAUUCUGCAGCCGCGCGAGGAAUUCGGUGACUAUCUCAUGCACAAUCUGAGCUAUUGCCAGUGCCUGCGUCCAAGUCCAUUGUGCCCGGAACUGAUAAAGAGCACAACGAAGAGCAGUGACCUGCUGGACGCCAAACGUCGCGCCCAGCUCAGCCGCUGCCAGCGUCGCGUGGAGAAGAUGAAGAAAAAGGAAGAAGUAAAGGGCAUCGAUUCGCCGAAAAUCGAGGCAUUCGAACUGAACCACCUCAGCUCACGGCUGGCCCAGCUGCGUGAGUACCAGUCGGUGCGGGGACAGGAUCGAACUCUCGUCCAGCGCAUGAUAUACGCACUCAGUCCGUCGCUAAUGCCGGCCAAUUAUAUAUCGACGUCAGCCUCUGUGGCCAGAACUACGAAUAUUGUUGGAUAAAACAAUUGCAGCGAUUCAAGUUAUAUUGGGGUAGGGGCGUGGCAGCUCGAGCUUAUCAAAUUUCACUUCAGUUUCCUGCACCAUUUGUUGAUCGCGUGAUAAAUUUCUAUAAAGUGUUCGCAUUGCCAGCGCAAUCUAUCAUCAUUUGUUCAUAAACUGUGGAACGAGUCAAAG